AUGGCCCGCAUUCGCAGCUGCAUUGCCUUUGCAAGAGCAGUGUUAUGGCGACUGCUCACCUUUGCUUAUUAUGAAUCCUUUCAGCGUAACACAGUCGACCCGCUGAACCGCAUCAUUCAGGCACCCAACGACGACGUGCGCCUACAACUGCUUCGCGAAUGGUCCGACAUCAAAGUCGAAGAGAGCAAGUACAUCCAGAUCGCUGGCGGCUUUCUGUUUACGACUGUUGCUUCUUGUCUGACAUGGAACAGCACGGAGACAAGCCAUUGGACUGGACCAGCAUUAUUCUAUGCCAGUACGGUCUUUGCGCUGGUAGCCAUAAUCAGCGGUUCGCAGCAACUCUGGAUUUUGCCGCGCGUGGACGCGUCGCCAUCGAACAGCGAUGCAGGGAAGAAACGUAGGGAGGAGCUGGUGUCGUUCAUCGCCAGGCUUUCGAACGACGAGGGCGGGCCGAAGUCGAAAUAUGUUUUCGCUCUGCAGACGCCGAUCAUGCUACUGACCUUCUCAGUCAUGGCAUUUCUGGCUGGGUUGUGUGCAGUGGUGUAUUCGCCAUUGGCUGCGAGACUGGCUUGGGACGAUGAUGCCAAGACCGCCGUCCUCUUCACGAUCGCCUCAAUUGUGGCUGGAGGAGCAUUCGCUGCGGGUUCGACCUUUGUCUAUGCGCUUUUCCGACCGGACAAGACAGAUCCUCGACCGUCUUCAGCCAGCUCAGACCCAAAGCAGAGCAAGAACGCCCAGGCUUCUCCAGCCUGA